AUGGGUGUCUGGAACCCCUCCUUUCCGUUCAACGCACCGCCCGUGGAGGCCGUUCUGAGGACCGGGGCGGGCCGCGUCCCUAUGAUUACCAAGAACGUUCUCACGCCCAGUGAGCAGCGGGAACUACAGGAUAAAGUCUGGAGUCUCUCCAAAGUCAACCUGGCUCGGCUCGCUGAGUGUCCGUACCAGAAAUGCCGGUUCACAUAUCGCCAAGAUGAGGACGAGACGCUUCUGGUGCAUCUGGAGAAGACUCAUGCCGAGGAGAAAUGCCCGUGGUGUGAUACCCAGCUCUUCAAGCACUGGUCCUAUAAGCAGAAGGAAGAACAUUACAGAAAUUCCCAUGCAGACCAGCUGCGAAAGGUGCUUCAGCUUCCCGAGAGACCCAAGUCGCAUCCGCCUUCAAACCAAAAGGCCGCCCCCGAAAAGCUACGCAAUAGCCCUGCGGGGCCAACUACAUCUCUUUCAACAUUUAGAAUCACCGACCAAACCAGACCUCCAAUUGGCCCGUUGCCCCAGCCAGGACAGCCAGCGAAAGCUAGCGACAGGGAGAAAGGCUAUCGAUACUGUGAUCGUUGCGGUCGUGACCACAAAGAACUCAAGAGCUAUGAGGACCGAAAGCAUCAUGAUCGUGUUUGCGUCCCCUUGGCUGAGGGAGCUGGGCGAUGUACAUUCUGCAAACUUUGCGGAGACCGUGAGUGGAAGACUGAGAAAGAUGCCACAAAUUUUGCACCUUUUGACACUUAUCCACACAAGUGCCACGGCACUCUCCACGAAAACAAGCCGCAUUGCACCAAGUGCGGAUUCUCGAUGAAGAAAUUCUCCGACGAGAAAAUCGACAGGCAUCGCAAGUUCUGUGGAGGCUUCUAUGGCACCCUGGGUUGUUUCUGUCCGUACUGCCAGAAAUCCUUUGUAAGCGAUGGAACCCAAGAGCCUAUUGGUGACAUCAAAAAUCACAUUACGGCUUGCCCUAAACAAGAGGGCGCCAAGCCAACACCGUGGGACAUCUAUUCAGAAGUCUUCUGGAAAGACACUGACAAGUCGGUCGACCCUCUCUUCGUGGGGGCCGCGGAGACCUCCGCGGCCUUGUUCAAACAACAGCGUCGUCCUCGCGCUUCUAGUCGCUAUCUCGGCCACCCUCUCAUGUGGCAUGAUAAGCCGGGACCAAUUCCUAUGUCGGAUCCGCCUUCUGAGUGUCCUGCCGCCGGGUGUCGGGAACCUCUUUUCGGCCUGACGCCGUCCGAGGUUCUAGGACACUUUGAGAAGAAGCAUUUUGAGGAACCCCUGAAACAGUGUCCGCUCUGCCAUCUCUCGUUCAAGAGGCCCAAGGAAGAUCGCGAGAAGCAACCGGAGCUCGGAGAGUGGGAGGAUAGGAAAGACCAGGUCUCCCACAUGGAGUGUCACGUCUAUCAACUUUGGGACAUUUUGACUGGCAGUACUCGGCCUCCUGCCAUGGUCAACCAGGAACCCUUCAACCCGGGCCACAGUCUUUGGGAUCCCGAGAACGAGAGCGCAUUGGAUCGGCGUGACAAACGCUGUCCGCACUUUGACCAGUGUGGCGCCAUGGUGGGCUUCAUGAACCAACUCCAGUGGAACGAGCAUUUGAAGAAGGCGCACGCUAUUGAGCCCCUUGAGGCAAAGGUUGUCCGAGACAUGGACGCUGAAAUCGCGGCUGCUCGCGAAGAAAGGAGACAGCAGAGAAUUCGCGAGGGAAAGAAUCCAAUCCCAGGUCUGACAGCGCCCAAAGAUAUACGAGACAGGGGAUCGGGGCCAGUUGCGACAGACGAGACGCAGACAGGAACAGGUCCCAGUGUCCAGCCCAGUGGAGAUCAAGAGAAUGACCCAGAGUCCCACGACGUUCGGCAGGAGGUACCCGGCCCCAAGAAUAGUACAGCAAGAGGACCAAAACCCGGGAGUGCAGUUCGCAAAGGCCAUCGAGGCGGCCGACCUAAUGAGCCUGGGCCGAUUCUCUCACCUCCGCCUACAGGUUCCAAACCGUACACAGCCACCGCUUUGGAGGAUGGAUCUUGUCGAGGGGAGAAGCCGCCAAAGGGUCCGAAGGGCCCGAUAAAGAACCCUCCUAAAGAUUCUGAAAUAGUAACUACGGAAUCCAAUAGUGUCAAGGAAACGCCACAGCCAGACGGCACGAGACAAGGUCGAGUACAACUUGACCGUGAAGACAAGGCCAUAUUGGCAAGCAAAGUCGGUUGGAUCACGCAAAAAGAUAUCAUCAAAGCGGGCGGUGUGACCAAACUCAGAAAAGCCUUUGUCAAAAACAACCCGGAGUUGAAGAUGACCAUAUACCCCACCGAUAACAGAUUCACGGAUAUGAGGAAUUUGUGGACACGAGAUCCGAAUCAUCCCAAGAACGAAGAGAACUGGGGAUUGCGUUUUCGGCCCCGAAAUGAGGAUGACGGCUUGCGGAAUUACCACCCAGAGAAUGAUGAAGCCGAGGAUGACGAUGAAAACGAGGAAGAGGAUGAAGAGGUGGAGAGAAGGGCCGGCGCAGAUGGCGAAGACAACGACGAUGAAGAGGAGGACGACGACGAUGACCAAGGCGGCUCCGGGAACCGGGUUAAGCAGAAGCGGAAGCCGUAUCGUGGAUCUCUCACCCACGACCCGACAUACCGAGACCGUGGGGAAGAGGACGAUCUGAGCCAGACUAGCGACAGGGAGCUGGUAUCGGAGAGCGGGGAUGAUGGAGCUGGUGCCUUUGGUGGAUCUUCUGGGGCAAAGCGGAAGCGCGAGACUGGGGAGUCAUCAGGACAAGGCAGCAAGAGGGGCAAGGCUAAGACGCAGGAGAGGCAUACUAAGAAGGCCAAGGUGGGCGCGAGUUCUCAGGGGCGAUGA